AACAAAAGAUCUUCAAAGUUUCAUCCAUACAAUUGCUCACGAUGGCCCGCAUGGAACCUAUUGGAUCGUUAUGGAACCACGUCCCGAACCUUGCACCAUUCCAUCUCCUUGCCUAUUCGACUUUGCUAGGAAGCCAACUCUACCAGUCAUUUGUCAUGACGAAAGUCUGUUUCCAGGCACUUCCCCGUACAGCAUUCACUACCCUUCAGAAGCGAAUCUUUCCAAUCUAUUUUCAAGGCCAAUCGCUGCUUAUUGUCCUCACGAUUUUAACACAGCCACCACAUGGACCGAUGUCUUUCCUAAAGACGAAGUGGAAUUGGAUUCCACUGGCUCUGGCCGGGGCGACAGCUGCCAUGAACAUGUGUGUUUACGGUCCGAGGACCCAAAGCCUUAUGGUUCAAAGAAUCCACCAAGAGACGCGAGACAGAGUGCAUAAAAUCAACGAAGAAGUAGUAAGCAACGACAUGCAGAAACUGGGACGAGAAUUUUCUCGAGCGCACGCCAUGAGCAUCCAUCUAAACCUGGUCACCAUUUUGGCAACAGUAAUAUAUGGAUGGCGACUAGCGUCAAAAAUGGAGGUCAAUCUCAUGUAAGGGAAAGAAACAUGACAGAUCUCAAAUGAUAUACAUCGCAUCUCCAGGUUCUAUUAGCAAACAAGCUGGCAAUUGCCAAAAUAUAUUAUAGUUCGGGACAAAAUUUAGUUCCAGC